AUGGGACAUACUUGGCGUACGCCCUCUCCCACCAGGGAGGCCUACAUCAGCUCCAGCAACGUGAACUCGCCGCAGGUUGUACCUGAAGUUCACGACGAUCUUCCUUACGAGCAUGCAAGCUACCAGCAACGCGUUGACGGUCGCGCUUCCGCUAUUGCGGCGGUAGAGACUGCAAAGUAUAGCCGACGCCGCGACGCAGCAUUGUCACGACUCUACAAUGUCUUUGAUGGCAAGAGCGACUCGGGCGACCAGAUGCCAUACAGUCAGACCGCUAUCGCCAACAACGAUGACGAAACAGAAGUAGCGCAGCCCGACGCACCAUGCACGCCCAAGAAGAAGCCCUUGCCGAUCCUUUGGCAUGGACUACCUUCGCCAGAGACACCAACCUUUCAUCGCGAUGCAGGCACUGCAACUUCAACAGGCUCUUUGCAGCCCGAGCUAGUCUGGCAAACUUCUCCUUCUCAAGCCAAGUUCGUUGUCGAUCAAGCCCCUGUCCUGGAGCAGAGUCGUAUCGAUACAGAUGGCGGCGGUAUUGAUGACGCCAAGCCCAUAUCUUCGCCGUCAAUGGAUGAUUCUACACACGAUGACGCGAUGCUUGCUCGUGAGCUGGAGCAGACUCUCAGUCCAACGUCUACUCGCCGAAGUACCCGACUGCGCAAGCAACCAAAGCCGAUAUAUACUAUCCAAGUACCAGUCGCAGCGCCCAGAACUCUUCGUAAACUACUUCCGGCAACGAAAGCACCGGAGGCUGCAGCGCACUCGGAGUUCAGCUUCAGCACCGAGCCUAUCAAGGCCGAUCCCGUACCGUUCGAUGGACUACCCACUAUUCAUUCGCUAUCUUGGCAGUUACAAUAUCCGCCCGGAGGAAGCACACACCCUUCCUACCCAUAUCCUUCUAUGGACCCACGCCUUCUUUUCCAUCAAGCCUUCGUCCCGAUCAUUGGCGGCUUACCCGACUUCACCUUGGUUCAGAAGCUUGUCCUUCCUAUGGGAUGGAAGCAUGUGUCAUGGUCUGGUCUCUUACCCAUCGCCUUCGAUCCAUAUCGUCAAGCAUUCAAGCUCACACCGGUUGGGCCCAUGCCGCUUACAUGCGAAGAACUUCACCAACAAGGCUUGCACAAGUAUGUACCAGGUGGUGAACUACACCCUGAGUACGGACUGGUACCCGAGAUGCUCAAACUCAGCGAUGGAAGCGAUACCGACGUAUUCAACUUCGACGGUGUUGAUUGGGUCUUGCCCUGGAAGGGGCAGAUUGACUUCCACGCCCCCUCCAAUGCUCCGAACGAACAGCUCGGGAGCUAUGAGCUUACCAGUCCUGUCGCCUCCGACACUUUUGCGCCUGUCAUCAGCUUUCCAUGGAGUGAAACCCGCGACUGUCCAGACAAGGUUUUCGACAUCUGCGAUGCGUGGCGCUGGCUAUCAUUCAAGGAGACCAACCCUGACGCUGACUUCAUCCCCACACCUGGCAUGAACUGGCGAGGAACCGGCGCAAUACGCUCCACGCGCAAGCUCAAGUUACCUAUCCCCGAGCUGAUGAUGCUUGCCAUGCCUGACCCGACUACAUCAGAGAACAAGCAUAUUGUGUUGCUUCAGAACCAAGAUGAUGGAGUCAAGGAUAAGAAUUUGUUUUGUCCAUUCAAGAGUGUUGCAACAUCCGUCACGGCGGACAUAACCUUCCUUGGCGACACCGAGUUCACGAUCAUGGAGUUAUUGUCCUACUUUCCACAGCACUACUACUGGGGUCAUGCAGCUGAGCGUUUGACAAAGGCGGGCGUGACCGGAACUCAAAUACGAGAUUUCAUCAUCAUGACACGAGGGCUUCAGGGCGACGAGAUCAAGAUGGGACACAGUAUUGCCUGUGCAGCUAAGCUUGCCAAGAAGAGGGAUUGCGUUAAGGUCGAAGAGAUGGACAUUGAUGAAGUCGGGAAGGAUACACCAUCACCUACACCCGCUCCGGUCGUCGAUUCCACGGUCAUCGACUUGACUUCGAGCUAUACUGCUGAAGGAUGGAUCUACGAUGUAUGGGAGAAAAUCGACUACCCGCUUCUUGCCCUCGCCCAUGGCUUGCAGUCGUUGCCUACAGGUGUGGAUGCCGGUCCGCUGACCGCACUCAUACUUUGGUGCCGAGAGAAAGGUCGGUACAAAGCCAUGCUUAGCGAAAUUCCUGCGCUGCUGAAGGAGGCAAACAUUGAGCCGCUGAUCGAGCCUGGCGAGAAUGGCUGUCCAGACAAAGAAGUCGCAGGUAGACAUGCUGGGGCAUUGAAGAAGGACAGACUGAGGGUGGUUAGAGAUGCGGGUGUUAGCAAGAGGGCAUUGGAUGGUAGUAUUGGUGGGACUCAAGGAAAGAGAAGGAGGGCUGAGUAG